AUUUACUUUUAGUUAUUUAGCCAAAAUGAUUUGCUAAUUUAGAUUUCUUUAUUCAUGAACCUAAAUCACCUUAGUUAUGUCUCUUUUCAAGCUGAAAUAUUUGGACUCUCUCAGCUAAGUUGGACGUUCUCAUUUGCGAAAUACACAAACAAUUAAGAUAUACUGAAUGACUGUUCCAUAAGUUCCAUCAAUUUAUAAAGGAUGUUGGUUAUGGUGUUGGGAAAUUAAAACUUGUAAAUGAGCUCUAGCUCAAAUGGCAAGCAGCUUUGUUUCCCAUCAAAAUGGGUGGAGGGCAACUUCAAAAUUUAUGUCCAAAUGUCAGACGACAAGAACGAAGAGGAACUAAAUCAAGUGCGCAGACUUGCUGUGAGUCUUUCAAAUGAGAUUGACUACAAGAACCAAAGGUUGUUGGAGAUGGAGCAUAAGUAUAAUGAGACAACGGCUACUGUCCGCCAACUUGUUGUGGGGCUUACGAAGGAGAUUGAUUCCAAACAGAAAAGUUUGCUGGAAAUGGAGCACAAGUACUCUGAGUCCUCUGCAUAUGUUAAACUACUCGUGAAUGAAAUAGAUAAGUUGCAUGCAGAGAAGAAAAAGAUGCAUUCCAUUAACAGGAAGCUGGAGGGUGCCAUGGAAUGUAAAAAGAAAGAGCUCAUGCAGCAAACUAAAGAAUUGGAGGAGAGUAAGGCACACAAUGACCUGGAGUGUAGAAAUUUAAUGAAUGUGAUUGAAAAGUUGGAAGGAAAAUUGCUAGCUCAAAAUACUGUAGAAUGUGAUAAUAAUUUACAUGCUCAGAUCAACACUUUGAGAAAGGAAUUAGAUGAAAAGACAGAUGCAAUGCAAGAUUUAGAAAGUCUUAACUGUGUUCUGACGGUUAAAGAGCGUAUGACUAACCAAGAGCUACAAGAGGCUCGCAAAGAAACAGUGGAGAGCUUGCAAGAUAUGUUGAAUGGGAGAUCACAUCUGCGAAUAAAAAGAAUGGGCGAGAUUGACUGGAAACCUUUUCAACAUAUGUGCUCACAAAAAUUCCCUGGUAUGGACUGGAAGAAGAUAUCUGCUAAGUUAUGUUCAAAAUGGCAAGAAAGAUUAAGAAAUCCACAAUGGCAGCCCUUCAAGAUUGUUAUGCUAAAUGGUGAACCACAAGAACAAAUAGAUGAAGAUGACCAAAACUUGCGAGAGUUGAGGAAUGAAUGGGGUGAGGAUGUAUACAAGGCUGUAACCAAAGCACUGCUGGAAAUAAAUGAAGUCAAUGCCAGUGGAAGGUAUGCAGUACCAGAAAUUUGGAACUUAAAAGAGGAAAGGAGAUCCAGUAUGAAAGAAAUCAUUCAAUACUUAAUCAAGCAAUUGAAGACUCAUAAGCGUAAAAGAAAACGCCGCUAAUGUCGGUUGUACACUGUAAGUCUGUACAAGUAGAGGUAGCAGAAGCAUCAUUCACUGGUUGACUAUAUGAUAGAAGACAAAUUGACGCCACAGUUAACAGAGCUGAAACAGACAUUAAUGUCUAAAAAGAGUAGAUACAUUUAGCCUAGUGAUGAAUUUCCCAAUACUUGACUGUAUUUAACUUUACAUUGCUUUAAAAGCUGUUGAUUUGGUGCUGCACAGAGAAAAUGUAAUAGGAUUGUACUUGAGUUGGCACAGUUUGCUAGGGUUUAUCAGGCUUUAGUUUGGAUGGUGAAUACCCGUCCAAGCAUUGAGCAAAUUGUAGCAAAUGAUGUACAACAACUAUAACUUCUUUUCGAUAAAA